CUCCACGACAUGCUGCCUGCUGAGUCGAUGAUACGUGACAUUGGGACGCUGAUGUAGCCCAAAGAGGCAGCGUAUUCAAUAUUGCUCGUCACAGGCCAAUAUUUUGGCAGACUCGAAGGUGUUUUUUUUUUAUAUGUUUCUGUUUCCCUCUCUUAGCGGCAAAUGCUUCAGGGGGGGGAAGAUUCCAUCGCUCUUGAAUAUCGAAGGUGCCCGUCCGUCGUCGUUCCUGCAGUUUACCAACAGCUAUGGGAAGCACUCCGCCACUUAGCGACUUUCCCAUGGUUAUUUUGUUUUGAAUUCUUUCCAAGCAACAAUAUUUACGCGUUCAGCACGUUUUGGUUCCUCUUGGGCCAUCGACAGCCGUUACCCGAAGUGUUAGAAGCAUCUCGUUCUCCUACAGCAUCUGUACCCCCCCUUGUUUCCUUUGUACAGUCGUCAACAUGGGUUCGACGCUUGAAAUCGACAAGUUUCUCGAGCCACUGGCUAUCGAUGUCCAGAAACUCUCUGGGCUCGCUCGCGAGAUGGCCUUGACCUUUGGCAAGCUCUCAGCCGAGUCGUCGGACAUGUUCCUGCCCACCCCAAUCUCUGAAUCGAUCUUAUCCCCCGAGGUGAGCGCCGGCCAGGACGGCAGUGAUAGCGGUCGUUACCUCGCCAUUGACAUUGGCGGAACCAACCUCCGUGUUGGGUUCAUCGAGCUUCAGCAGGAUUUGGUUGUGGAUGACGCUGGCGUGCCCAGCACCGCCCGCAAGUUGAACCGCCUUCUCGAGCACUCCUGGCCCAUCGGUGAAAGUCUCAAGAACGAGAAUUCGGAGAGUUUGUUCUCAUGGAUUGGCGACCGCAUUGCACAUGUUGUCCGCAAGGGCUGCGAUGCCUUCAGUCUUUCUCCUGACCAGGACCUUCCCCUGGGUGUCACGUUCAGUUUCCCCAUGCACCAAACCUCACUGUCCGAGGCCAAACUGAUGGCGAUGGGAAAGGGUUUUGCCAUCACGUCUAACCUGGAUCUCGGUGGCCACCUGACCACUGGUUAUGAGAAGCACAAGACUGCUGACAUGCCGAACAUCAAGAUUGCUGCGAUUGCGAACGAUUCCGUGUCAACUCUUGUCUCUUUCAUCUACCAGUUUCCCGCCAAAGCCCAUCAGAAAGCGGCCAUGGGCGUCAUUGUCGGCACGGGCUGCAAUGCCACCAUUCCCCUGAAGCUUUCUACCCUGCAUGAGAGCAAGCGCCCGGCUUCCAUCAACGUCUUGCCCGGUCAGGAUGUGGCUACAGCCAAAAUUGCUGUCAACACCGAGUGGAGCAUCAACGGCUCUGCGCCUCCUCUCCGCAAGUUUCGUCUGAUUAACAAGUGGGACGAGGAGCUUGACAGGGCCGGAGAGAUUCCCGGCUUCCAGCCUCUUGAGUACAUGACUGCCGGACGCUACCUGGGCGAGCUGGGCAGAAUCAUGUUUCUUGACUACUGCAUCAAUGUCCUCAAGCUGUCUGUCUCUACGCUGCCAAGCAAGCUUCGUCAGAGAUUUGGCCUCACCACCACUUUCUUGAGCCACUAUUACCACAACAGCCCCAAGGGUAGCAUGGCCGACCAGCUGAGCAACGAGUUCCCGGCCGAGCAUCCCGAGUUUGAGUGGACCAAGACGCUCGAGGCCGUCCUGCACAAGAUUGCCGUGGCGAUUCAGAAGAGAGCUGCCGGCAUCAUUGCUGCUUCGACAAUUGGUUUGCUGAUGUGUGCCGAGGAGAUCCCGGAGCCUGGUGCUAUUUGGAAGAAGGACAUCACUGAGUUGGUGGUUGGAUACACUGGUGGGUGCAUUCAGCACUUCCAAGACUACUUGGCCGACACACAGGCCUAUCUGGAUAAGAUUUUGGCAUUGGAGUUUGAUGGGAAAUCCCCUAUUCGUGUGGUCUUGCAUCCCUGCCACGAUGGCGGUAUCACCGGCGCCGGCGUUUUGGUGCCUGCUGCUUUGGCCAGCAUGCGUACCUGAUGUCUUUUUGAGGCAUGUCGUUCUGUCAUCUGAGGCGUACCGAGGUUCUUUUGAGACCUAAUUAGAUCCUUUCUGCGCGUAUCUAGACGUUUUUGAGGCCCAUUUGUUUGCUAGAUAGGCCUCUUUGAAGAGGUUACAGGCGUCCUGGGGAUAUAGGAGGACCUUUUUCAUGCAGACCAGGCCUGAUUGCAUUUGAGGAAGGCGUGUUUGGUGUUGAGGGAGGCAUCAAAUCGAUUUUCCUACGCAUAUUGUGACUUUUUCAAAGCCCUAUUUUGAUCUUUGAUCC